CCGUGCUCUCCGUAGCUGUGAACUGCGUCGCCGAAGUAGCGUAAACCCAACACAUUUAGCCUCUAAAGCUAUGAGUCGAAUUCACAAGUGUGUCAUCGGUUCUUAUACAUUUAAGGUCCGUUAUACCUUAAGAAAACCAUUGGCUAUUCAGUGAAUCGCGAGUAUUGGAUGCGCUGUGUCCGGUAGUUAGCUCGUAACUAGACGCUAGGUCUGUGAUCCAGGUGUAACACGCAGUGUUGGUGAACCCACUUCGCUUCGUUUUUUGAACCACUGACACCGGUCAAGUUAUGUGGAGACAUAUUUUUCUAAUGCUUGGCCUUUUGGCUUUAGCCUGGUUAUUUGGAGACCGGGUGUUCGACUGGUAUCAAGGGAAUACCAUCAAACUAAAAACGGAUCCGCCGAAAAGUGAGCAGCCGAGAAGCCUGCUGGCGGACACCCCGGAACAGAGCUGUUUCUGUCAUCUGACGGGGGUGCUGGAUGACUGCUUCUGUGACAUCGAGAGCAUCGACUCCUUCAACAACUUCAAGAUCUACCCCCGUGUCAAGAGGCUGACCGAGAGAGACUUCUUCAGAUACUACCGGGUGAACCUGAAGCGUCCCUGUCCUUUCUGGCCCGACGAUGGACACUGCUCCAACCGAGACUGCAACGUGGAGCCCUGCCCAGAGAGUAUGAUUCCUGUGGGAAUUAAGUCGGGGAACUUCAACAAGUACUCAAAGGCAGCCGCUCCUGUGUCUGAUGUGGCGUCAUGUGAGCGGCCCACAGACCUCGGAGCCAUCAACAGCACCCUGAGUAACCAGAGUAAAGAGGCCUUUGUGGACUGGGAUCGUCACGACGAUGCGCAGGACCACUUCUGUGAGAUAGAUGAUGAGAGCUCUCCAGAUGCAGCCUAUGUGGACCUGUUGCUGAACCCAGAGCGCUACACCGGGUACCAGGGUCCUUCUGCCUGGAGGGUCUGGAACAGCAUCUACGAGGAGAACUGCUUCAAACCUCGAUCAGUGUACCGACCUUUGAACCCACUGGCUCCUACCAGGGGAGACGAUGAUGGAGAAGGAUUCUACAACUGGCUGGAAGGGCUGUGUCUGGAGAAGAGAGUCUUCUAUCGGCUCAUCUCUGGUCUUCACACCAGCAUCAACAUGCACUUGUGUUCCCAGUAUCUGCUGGAUGAGGGGUGGGGCAAGUCGGUGUGGGGUCCCAACGUGCAGGAGUUCCGCCAGCGCUUCGACCCGGCGGAGACCAAGGGCGAGGGCACGCGGCGCCUCAAGAACCUGUACUUCCUGUACCUCAUCGAGCUGCGGGCGCUGUCCAAGGUGGCGCCCUACUUCGACCGCUCCUUCAUCAACCUGUACACGGGCAACAACCAGGAGGACGGGGCCACCAAGGACCUGCUGCUGCAGAUCUUCAACGAGACCAGGGCCUUCCCCAUGCACUUUGAUGAGAGCUCCAUGUUCGCUGGGAAGAAGCUGGAGGCCAAGAUAUUAAAGGAGGAGUUUCGACUCCAUUUCAAGAACAUCUCCAGGAUAAUGGACUGUGUAGGCUGCAGUAAAUGUCGUCUGUGGGGAAAACUACAGACCCAGGGUCUGGGCACGGCCCUGAAGAUCCUGUUCUCUGAGAAGGAGAUCCAGAGCCUCACUGAAAACAGCCCCUCCUCGGCCUUCCAGCUCACCAGGCAGGAGAUCGUGGCCUUGCUCAAUGGCUUCGGCAGGCUCUCCACCAGCAUCCACCAGCUCCAUGUCUUCCGCUCCUUGUUGAAGGGGAAGAGGUAGCGGUCCUCCGAGCCAGCAGGUGGCGCCAGUCCCUAGGGAACUGCAAUAGUCUCAUCCAGGAUGAGGCCUCCUUCAGGGACCCUCUCUUACUGUAGUCCACAUGCCCCCCGGCCUGCGGUGUGCCCCCCAGUCCUUCCCACAACGCCUGCUGAUCCCUCGCUUCUCCUUCCGUCAAAUUGGGACAAAACUCUGCUUUUGAAUAGUUUCUUCUUCCUGAGCGGUGGAACUAUAGCGCCCCCUAGAGGUUUUCAUCCGUAUGAAGCGAGGCCACGCCCCUCGGGAUGACAACAUGCUCACAAAGAACAGGAACAGCACCCCACCCCCCCUCCCCUUCAGUCCUCUGAUAGGCUGUUGCCCUUUUGAGGAUUCCUGCUGCAUUAUGCUUCUCAGGCUGUGUGUGUGUGUGUGUGUGUGUGUGUGUGUGUGUGUGUGUGUGUGUGUGUGUGUGUGUGUGUGUGUGUGUGUGUGUGUGUGUGUGUGUGUGUGUGUGUGUGUGCGCGUACACCUUGGGACGUGUGUGUGAUUGUAAGCCCCUGCGUGUGCUGUGAAUGAUCAACAGUUGCAGCUAUGAUUAUUGAAAGCUGUGAUGGAAUCCAUUCUUAAGAAAUAUCCUCCAUCGGAUAGCACAUGAAACUUGUGCUGUUUUAUAGUUCUUUGUAUUCUGUGAAGCGAUUCCCUCUCGGAAUCAGUCUGUCUCCAGCUCGGCCGGGCUGUUGUAAUGCUGUGCCUCUUUUGAUUUAGUUUUUUGUCGUCUUUGAGCACGAUGUUUAGUGCUAACGCUGAAGGCUACUCCUCUGAACCAUAGCAAAGCUGUCUUUUUCCAAACGCAACGUAGAACAAGCAUAGGACCCCCCUCCCUUCCCUUUAGUAAUGGUGUUUCCUAGGAAACGAGGAGGGUGGGGUAGAGCUGAUGGACCAAAGUGAAGUUUGUUACGUCUCUUAUUUAUUCUGGUGGAUUUUGUGUGUAUAUUGUGGUUUUGAUUUCAUUUACUUUAGUUCAUUUGGACCUGGCCGAGCCCUUCUGACCUCUUGACCUCUGCUCAGCAGGGUGCAGAAAGAGAAACAUGCUAGCAAGACAUGCUAACUUCUCCGCAGUUGAAACCAUUCUACAGUCAAGCAAUGUUAGGUGUGUGUGUUUCUGUUUGUGUGUGUGUGUGUGUGUGUGUGUGCGUGCGUGUGUGUUUGUCUCCAUCCCUCACAUUCCACAUGUCUGCCUUAAGAACCAAGCAAUCAUUGAUUUGAACGCCUGCUUGUGGUUCUGGUGUUUCCGUCUGGUUUCUCCACGUCUGCUCGUGACUGUGUAAACGUGGGAGUUGUAUUUAUUUGAACAGAGUAAUGAAUAAAUCUAAUUUCCAGAUGGCA